AUGCCGACCCCGCGGGACUGCGGCCGGCUGCGGAGCGGGGCUGGCGGGUCUCGUGCCGGUGCAGCGUGCAGCCGCGGGGCCCCGAGGGCAGCAGGGGAGGCUCUUGAUUGCCGGCGGUGCCGGGACGCCGGGGGAAAGGAGGUGGCCAAGCUGGAGAAGCACUUGAUGCUUCUACGACAAGAGUAUGUCAAGCUGCAGAAGAAACUGGCAGAGACAGAGAAACGCUGCACUCUCCUGGCUGCGCAGGCAAACAAGGAAAGCAGCAGUGAGUCCUUCAUCAGCCGCCUGCUGGCGAUCGUGGCAGACCUCUACGAGCAGGAGCAGUACAGCGAUCUGAAGAUAAAGGUUGGGGACAGGCACAUCAGUGCUCACAAGUUUGUCCUGGCAGCCCGCAGUGACAGCUGGAGUCUGGCUAACUUGUCUUCCACUAAAGAGUUGGACCUGUCAGAUGCUAACCCUGAGGUGACAAUGACAAUGCUUCGCUGGAUCUAUACAGAUGAGUUGGAGUUCAGAGAGGAUGAUGUGUUCCUGACUGAAUUGAUGAAACUAGCAAAUCGGUUUCAGCUACAGCUCCUCAGGGAGAGAUGUGAGAAGGGUGUUAUGUCUCUAGUGAAUGUCAGGAACUGUAUUCGCUUCUACCAAACGGCGGAGGAGCUGAAUGCCAGCACGCUGAUGAACUACUGUGCAGAAAUUAUUGCAAGUCAUUGGGAUGACCUGAGAAAGGAGGAUUUCAGUAGCAUGAGUGCUCAGUUGUUAUACAAAAUGAUCAAAUCCAAGACGGAGUACCCGUUACAUAAAGCUAUCAAAGUGGAGAGAGAAGACGUGGUCUUCCUUUAUCUGAUUGAAAUGGAUUCCCAGCUCCCUGGGAAGCUGAACGAAGCGGAUCAUAAUGGAGAUCUGGCAUUAGAUCUAGCCCUUUCACGACGACUGGAGAGUAUUGCCACCACGCUGGUUAGUCACAAAGCUGACGUGGACAUGGUGGACAAGAAUGGCUGGAGCUUGUUACACAAAGGAAUCCAAAGAGGAGAUCUCUUUGCUGCCACUUUCCUCAUUAAGAAUGGGGCCUUGGUCAAUGCCGCUACACUGGGUGCCCAGGAGACGCCAUUGCACCUCGUGGCCUUGUACAGUUCAAAGAAACACUCAGCAGAUGUGAUGUCUGAGAUGGCGCAGAUUGCAGAGGACCUUCUGCAGGCUGGUGCCAACCCCAACAUGCAGGACAGCAAGGGGAGGACUCCUUUGCACGUGUCCAUCAUGGCCAGGAAUGAACAUGUGUUCAGUCAGCUGCUGCAGUGCAAACAACUGGAUUUAGAACUCAAAGACCAUGAGGGCAGCACGGCUCUGUGGCUCGCAGCGCAGCACAUCACCGUGUCUUCUGACCAGUCCGUGAACCCCUUUGAAGAUGUCCCCGUGGUAAAUGGGACUUCAUUUGAUGAGAACAGCUUUGCAGCCAGACUCAUCCAGCGCGGCAGCCGCACGGACGCACCUGACACAGCGACAGGAAACUGUUUACUACAGCGGGCAGCUGGAGCAGGAAACGAGGCAGCAGCUCUUUUCCUGGCAAGCAACGGUGCCCAUGUCAACCACAGAAACAAGUGGGGAGAAACCCCGUUGCACACAGCAUGUCGGCAUGGCCUGGCCAACCUCACUGCAGAGCUCCUGCAGCAAGGUGCCAACCCAAACCUGCAGACGGAGGAAGCUCUGCCUUUGCCAAAGGAGGCUGCAUCCCUGACCAGUUUGGCGGACAACAUCUAUCUGCAGACACCACUGCACAUGGCGAUCGCCUAUAACCAUCCGGACGUGGUGUCUGUCAUCCUGGAACAGAAAGCCAAUGCUCUUCAUGCCACCAACAACUUGCAAAUCAUUCCGGACUUCAGCCUCAAAGAUUCCCGAGACCAGACUGUGCUGGGCCUGGCAUUAUGGAGUGGCAUGCACACGAUCGCAGCCCAGCUGCUGGGCUCUGGGGCCUCCAUCAAUGACACCAUGUCGGAUGGGCAGACCCUACUGCACAUGGCCAUACAGCGGCAGGACAGCAAGAGCGCGCUCUUCCUCCUGGAGCACCAGGCAGAUAUAAAUGUCAGGACUCGGGACGGGGAGACGGCCCUCCAGCUGGCCAUCAGAAACCAGCUUCCACUCGUGGUCGAUGCCAUAUGCACCCGAGGAGCGGACAUGUCUGUGCCCGAUGAGAAGGGGAACCCCCCGCUGUGGCUGGCCCUGGCAAACAGUCUGGAGGACAUCGCGUCCACUCUGGUCAGACAUGGCUGUGAUGCCACAUGCUGGGGUCCAGGACCUGGUGGAUGCCUUCAGACGCUCCUGCACAGAGCCAUUGAUGAAAACAACGAGCCCACCGCCUGCUUUCUUAUUCGCAGUGGCUGUGACGUGAAUAGUCCCAGACAACCAGGCACUAACGGAGAAGGAGAGGAAGAGGCUAGAGAUGGGCAGACCCCUUUGCAUUUGGCAGCCUCUUGGGGGCUGGAAGAGACGGUACAGUGUCUUCUGGAGUUUGGUGCCAACGUGAAUGCACAGGAUGCAGAAGGAAGAACCCCCAUCCACGUGGCCAUCAGCAGCCAGCACGGCGUCAUCAUUCAGCUGUUGGUUUCUCACCCCGAUAUCCAUUUGAACGUACGAGACAGACAAGGGCUGACCCCGUUUGCCUGUGCCAUGACUUUCAAGAACAACAAGUCAGCUGAGGCCAUCCUCAAACGAGAGUCCGGGGCUGCUGAGCAGGUGGAUAACAAGGGCCGGAAUUUCCUUCAUGUGGCAGUUCAGAAUUCUGAUAUUGAAAGUGUGCUGUUCUUGAUAAGUGUCCACGCUAAUGUAAAUUCAAGAGUCCAGGAUGCCUCCAAGUUGACCCCCCUGCACCUCGCUGUCCAAGCAGGCUCAGAAAUGAUUGUCCGCAAUUUGCUUCUUGCAGGAGCCAAAGUGAAUGAAUUAACCAAGCAUCGCCAGACUGCCCUUCAUCUUGCUGCCCAGCAGGACCUGCCCACCAUCUGCUCAGUCCUCCUAGAGAAUGGCGUGGACUUUGCUGCCGUGGAUGAGAAUGGAAACAAUGCUCUUCAUCUUGCUGUCAUGCACGGCCGGCUCAACAACAUCCGGGUUCUCCUGACAGAGUGCACAGUGGACGCCGAAGCCUUUAAUCUGAGAGGCCAGUCACCACUGCACAUUUUGGGACAAUAUGGCAAGGAGAACGCGGCGGCCAUCUUUGACCUCUUCUUAGAAUGCAUGCCGGAGUAUCCUCUGGACAAGCCAGACGCAGACGGCAGCACGGUGCUGCUCUUGGCAUACAUGAAAGGGAAUGCCAACUUGUGCCGCGCCAUCGUCCGGUCGGGGGCUCGCCUCGGGGUGAAUAACAACCAGGGAGUCAACAUUUUCAACUACCAGGUCGCCACCAAGCAACUUCUGUUUAGACUUUUAGAUAUGCUGUCCAAGGAGCCUCCAUGGUGCGACGGCUCCUACUGCUAUGAGUGCACUGCCAAGUUUGGAGUCACAACUCGCAAACAUCACUGUCGUCACUGCGGACGUCUUCUUUGCCAUAAAUGCUCGACCAAGGAGAUUCCCAUUAUAAAGUUUGAUCUGAACAAGCCUGUGCGAGUUUGCAACAUUUGUUUUGAUGUACUGACUCUGGGUGGGGUCUCUUAGUGAGCCCCCCGGAGGGCCCAGGCCACAUCCUUGGUCACCUCCCCAGCAGCUGCUCUGCUCACCAGCCUGACCCCACCCAGAGCAGGAGCUGGCGUGUGUCUUCCUGCGGCAAUAGACUGGAACAAUUAAGGACCAUGGUGUGAUAGAUCCCAUUUCAAAUGAUUCCAUAUGAUUGUCAGUGUGUGUGUCAGACUGUGAUCGAUUUCACUAGAUGUCUCACUCAUCAGACCAGGCCAUUUGGCCUAAGUGGUAAAUGUGAUUAGGAAUUAGCCCCCUCCCCAUUCUGCUAGCAACAUACAAGGACACUUGGAACACAGUUUUCCCUUCCAGUAGCUUGGUGUCCAUCCCAGAGCAUUCAUGAAGUCUUCCCGCUGGGCUGGCUGAGGCAGAGCCUCACGGUGUAGGAAGCUGGCUAAUGAGCUGACUUUGCUCUAGGGUAAGUGGCUGCGGACUUUUCUGCACAGUGUUUUCAUAAAGACAAUAGGAUCCUCUUGCCCUGAAGUCUUUUUUUUCUUUUUAAGCUAAGCUGUAUUUUUAGCGAACUACCCCUUUUAAAAAGGUGAAAUCUUUCUUAACAGGGUUCAAAGAUGAGAGCUGAAAACUCGUGGCCUUAACAACUGAAAGCUUUACAGUAUUCACGCUACUGAGGUGUCAGGAGUGCAGCUGGGCCGCCUGGCGCCUCGUAGCAGCCGUCUCAUUCUCUCGUCUUGCUGCGUCCUGUCUGUGGAGUCCUCAGUCACUCUGCCGCUGGAGAGUGCUGGAGGAAAUGCACUUUUAUUGUGCUGCACUUUUUAUAGAGCUGCAUUAUUGGUGAUCCCAGUUUAAAAAUCCAUAUUCAGAAAUACCCUCACGCAUUCUUGCAUCAGUGGUUCUAAUGCUCAGCUGUGACUGGGCCUCCGCUCACACGGCCUCCCAGGAAAAACUCUACAGAGCAUCUUUUAAAGCAAGAGAUUCACACAGGCCGAGUGAUGAGAGGUGGAGUCACUAAGGCUUCAGCCCCAAGGGCAUUUCCAGCCUCAGGCCGGCAGGUCCUAUGUCCUUGACGCAAACGCUUCUUGCUGAAAUCCUCCCUAGUGAUGCUGCGAGUGCUGUUGGUCCCAGUUCUGUGUAGCUUGCCCUGCCCCAUGAAGGGCCACCAGCCAAGGGCCCUGGCCACCUGUGUACCACCUUAUUUUGGAAGUCUCUGGCUUGUGUGCUGGAUGAGGCCGCCAGAACUUGUUGGGCCGGCGUCGCUGCUAGUACAUAUAUGAACCAUGAGGUGUUAAACUUUUCUUUUGAAGGUUUGGCCAGUUUCUAAAAAAUGCACAUUUAAAGAGAAGCAUCUACCACUGCUUUAAAACAGAAAAACUCUGAGUUGAACAAUAUGUGUUAUACUCAGAGAUUAACAAUCUCAAUCAUACAUACUGAUUCUUCCAGACAUUUAAUAACCACUACAUUUUUUUGCAUUAAUGAAGUUUGAAUAUAUGUGUAAAGGGACUAAAUAUUUUUGCAACAGCCUGUUUUUUGUUCAUUCUUUUCUGGAUAGUGUGUCCUCUGUGUUGCGGUAGAUUUAUACAUUCUGUUGCCUAAAUAUGUGUGUGAAAUGAACUGAUAAACUGGAGUACUACUUUAAAAAAAA